GCACGGAGUUCGCAUCGCUCCGGUUCGUUUUUUUACAGGUGGCAUCUUGCGUCAACAAUGUGGAAGAACGCUAGUGGCUUUCAAAAGCGAAAAAGGAAACGGCAAAAAGAGGCAGCCGAUGAAGCUAGGAAAUUCAAAAAACUAGACUCUUUUCUUUUUGGAGAACGCGCUGUUAACGGUCAGUAUCCUAAAUUUUUAUCAGAAGUAAUUAUCCCAAUUUUUGUUUGUAAUAUAUUUGCUAGGAAUGCUAGGAAUAUAUUUGUAAUACAUUUUAUCUUUUUGUCGGCCGGUGUGCAGAGGCCGACGAGCGGCGCCACUGCAGACAUCGAUGACCGGGACUCCGGGAACGGUCAGUAUAUUGGAUAGCUUGAUUGGCUACCUGUGUUACCUAACUUACCUGUCCGCUAUCGCCACAAUUCACAAACGGCUGUUUGAGCUAAUUACUGAUCGCCGACUCUCCCUGGCACAUCCUCUCCCGUCCUGUUCCGGGUCGGCUGCUGCCACCCGACAGCCGCAUCCGCCAGUCCCAGCGGCCGGUGUGCAGAGGCCGACGAGCGGCGCCGCUGCAGACAUCGAUGACCGGGACUCCGGGAACGGUCAGUAUAUUGGAUAGCUUGAUUGGCUACCUGUGUUACCUAACUUACCUGUCCGCUAUCGUCACAAUUCACAAACGGCUGUUUGAGCUAAUUAUUGUCUACUGAUCGCCAACUCUCCCUGGCAGAUCCUCUCCCGUCCUGUUCCGGGUCGGCUGCUGCCACCAGACAGCCGCAUCCGCCAGUCCCAGCGGCCGGUGUGCAGAGGCCGACGAGCGGCGCCGCUGCAGACAUCGAUGACCGGGACUCCGGGAACGAUCCUCUCCCGUCCUGUUCGGGGUCGGCUGCUGCCACCAGACAGCCGCAUCCGCCAGUCCCAGCGGCCGGUGUGCAGAGGCCGACGAGCGGCGCCGCUGCAGACAUCGAUGACCGGGACUCCGGGAACGAUCCUCUCCCGUCCUGUUCGGGGUCGGCUGCUGCCACCAGACAGCCGCAUCCGCCAGUCCCAGCGGCCGGUGUGCAGAGGCCGACGAGCGGCGCCGCUGCAGACAUCGAUGACCGGGACUCCGGGAACGAUCCUCUCCCGUCCUAUUCCGGGUCGGCUGAUGCCACCCGACAGCCGCAUCCGCCAGUCCCAGCGGCCGGUGUGCAGAGGCCGACGAGCGGCGCCGCUGCAAACAUCGAUGACCGGGACUCCGGGAACGGUCAGUAUAUUGGAUAGCUUGAUUGGCUACCUGUGUUACCUAACUUACCUGUCCGCUAUCGUCACAAUUCACAAACGGCUGUUUGAGCUAAUUAUUGUCUACUGAUCGCCAACUCUCCCUGGCAGAUCCUCUCCCGUCCUGUUCGGGGUCGGCUGCUGCCACCAGACAGCCGCAUCCGCCAGUCCCAGCGGCCGGUGUGCAGAGGCCGACGAGCGGCGCCGCUGCAGACAUCGAUGACCGGGACUCCGGGAACGGUCAGUAUAUUGGAUAGCUGGAUUGGCUACCUGUGUUACCUAACUUACCUGUCCGCUAUCGCCACAAUUCACAAACGGCUGUUUGAGCUAAUUACUUAUCGCCGACUCUCCUUGGCAGAUCCUCUCCCGUCCUGUUCGGGGUCGGCUGCUGCCACCCGACAGCCGCAUCCGCCAGUCCCAGCGGCCGGUGUGCAGAGGCCGACGAGCGGCGCCGCUGCAGACAUCGAUGACCGGGACUCCGGGAACGGUCAGUAUAUUGGAUAGCUUGAUUGGCUACCUGUGUUAC